AUGGAACCCUCACCAGACGUUUCGGGGCAGGCCGAUGCCGCCGACCAUAAGAAGGGCGGGAAACUCGGCACCCUCACGGGUGUAUACAUCCCCGUCUGUCUCAGUAUCCUGAGUAUUCUCAUGUUCUUGCGUUUUGGCUUCAUCUUGGGACGCGUCGGUUUCUUGGGCAUACUGGGCCUCCUUCUCGUGGCAUACUCUAUUGAAUUUCUCACCAUCUUCUCCUUAUCCGCUAUUGCUUCCAACGGCGAGGUUAAGGGCGGUGGACCCUACUAUCUCAUCUCCAGGUCCUUGGGUCCUGAGUUCGGUGGCUCCAUCGGCAUCCUCUUCUAUAUCGCAUCAGUCCUCAACGCCGCCCUAAAUGUGGUGGGUUUGAUAGACUGCAUAAGGCUCAAUGUUGGCGAAGGCUUCCCCCAAGGAUACUGGGUAGGCUAUGGUCUGCAAACGGCCGCCUUGCUCGCCUGUACCGCCCUGUGCCUCCUCAGCUCCUCCAUGUUCACCCGCGCAUCCAACAGUCUGCUGGCAAUUCUGUCUCUGGCAGUCAUCAGUAUCCCGGCCUCAGCCAUCUUCUUGACACCCUUCAAUGAUGAGAAGAUCGGUCUUCACUUUACGGGUCUGAGCCUUGAGACCUUGGCUGAGAACUUUUUGCCCAUUCCUGAUACCGUUUACUACACUGGGUUCGACACGUUUCGUGAUCUAUUCGGUAUCUUGUUUCCAGCUACUGCUGGCAUUCUCGCCGGCGCCUCCGUGUCCAAUGACCUCAAGAACCCGAGCAGGUCCAUUCCCAAAGGGACAUUGUGGGCGACCCUAACCACCCUGAUCGUCUACUUUGUCGUCGCUCUCUCCAUGGCCGCAAGCACCACGCGCGCCUCGCUGCUCGGGAACCCGAACGUCAUCCCCCUUACCAAUUUCUCCCAGUCCGUCAUCUUCGCUGGCGAAUGCGCCGUUACGUGCUUCUCGGCCCUCAUGGGCCUCAAGAGCUCUACCGGCCUGUUCAGAGCCCUUGCAAAGGACAAACUUCUGCCUGGACUUUCGGUCUUUGGGAAGGGUGCCGGCCGUCGAGACUUUCCCUUUGCAUCGCUCUUCAUCACCUAUGCUAUCGCUCAAGUCGCUCUCCUGGCUGAUUUGAACCAGAUUGCCACCCUCAUCUCCAUGGGAUUUCAGAUGACAUUUUUCGUCUUGAACCUGGCGUGCUUCCUGCUCAAGAUUGGCGGGGCUCCAAACUUCCGGCCAAACUUCAAAUUCUUCAACUGGCAGACGGCCUGUCUCGGGAGCCUGUCGUCAGCCGCCGCCAUGUUCUUUAUCGACGAGACAAAUGCCUCCCUGGCCAUCUGUUGCUUGGUCUUCCUCUUCCUCCUUAUCCACUACCUGUGCCCGCCCAAGCGCUGGGGUGACGUGUCACAGAACCUCAUCUACCACCAGGUCCGGAAGUACCUGCUGCGUCUGCGACCCGAACAUAUCAAGUUCUGGCGCCCGCACAUCAUCCUCCUCAUCAACGAUCCGCGGAAGCAGACACGGUUGAUUCAGUUCUGUAACUCGUUGAAGAAGGGCUCGCUCUAUAUCCUGGGACACGUGAUCGUAACGGACGACUUCAACGCCGGCGUCUAUGAGGCGCGACUCCAGCAGCAGGCUUGGACGAACUACAUCUCCGAGUCCUCGAGGAUAAAAGCCUUCAUGCAGCUGACCAUGUCUCCGUCCCUCACUUGGGGCGUCCGCAACUUGAUCCUGUCCGCUGGUUUGGGAGGCAUGCGUCCCAACGUCGCCGUCCUCGGCUUCUACAACAUGGAUGACCUCCGAAAGUCCAACUACCGCUUCGUCAUCCCCGAUAUCCCAACUUCGCCUGCUAUGAAGAUGCGCAACCCACCGCCCAAGGCAGACAUGAAACGCCCCAUGCGUCGGCGUGUUGAUACCUCGGCCCGUCUUAUCGAGGGGGUGUUACCUACAGACGUCAUCAAGACGGAGGGCAUGAUGAAGCCAACAGAGUACAUGACGAUUCUAGAAGACCUCACCCUCAGGCACCGCAUGAACGUGGCUGUCGGCUACGGGUUCGAAGGGCUAGAGACGCCACACAGCGACGACAACAGUAAAAAAUACAUAGACCUCUGGCCGAUCCAGAUGUCUGCCGAGGUGAUGUCUGGGGGAAAAAAUGUCCUGACAACCAAUUUUGAUACUUAUACCCUCAUCCUACAACUUGGUCACAUCUUGCACAGCGUGCAUAAUUGGCGCAAGGUGUACACGCUGCGAGUCAUGGUCUUUGUCGAGUAUGAGAACGAGGUCAACGAGGAGAGCGCGCGUGUCCGUGUCCUUCUCGAGAAGCUCCGUAUAGACGCGCAGGUAGUAGUCUUCUGGCUCGCUUCGGGCCACCUUAACACGUACGAGCUCAUUAUCAAUGGUAGCUCCCACGAUAUGGACUGGGACAUCAUUGUCAACGAGGCGCUCCGAGAUGAGGAGUGGUGGGACGACCUCCAGAUGUUCCGCGGCGAUGACGGCCACAUGUCACCGAGUCAAGAACGGACUCACCUAGCGCAUAUCAUCGAUUCCACAUCGGGAAGACGCGGCGUCUACAAUCCCCACGAGGAACUCACCUCUUUCCGAGACCAUCUCGACUCGACGUACCUGGGCCACUCCCAGUACAGACCAAAUAUGGCGAUGCUCACCAGGUUGGGCGUCAACGUUGGCAUGCACACGCAUCACCUGAUCGAUAGUGUCCUCAAGAAACCAGACUCGGGCAUAGACCCAAAUGACGCUACCGUAUCGUCGUCCGACGAUGAGUCUACACCGGAUGGUGAUGAUGAUGAGGACGAACGUGUACUCGGCAACCCUAGGCAGCCUCUGCUACCUGCGGGGUGGAAGCAGCCAGGAAGCGACUACGAGUACUCGUCGGAAAACACGCGGCGGCGUCGCAGGUCCAGGCUGCCUUUGGGUGAGAUGAGUGCGUCCAAGUACGGUAGCAUGUCCACAUCACAGACCCUGGCCGAACUGGGUGGGAUGCAGCAGAUUCCAGGCGCAGAUGAUGAAAAGACGCCCAAGGCGUUCAUCGGAUCCGGAGCAGGUGGUGGCGGAGAUGCUGGCUCGCAGACGCCAUUACCUUCACUUGGGAAACUUUCGGUAUCAGACCCGUUUGCCGCCUACCGUGCACGGUCUAUGAGCCCAGAGCGAGCCCGAGUGACGGGAACUGCCGGAUCGGCACAUCGACCAGGCAUAUCACGGCAGUCUUCUGGCGUGCGAUUCUCUAGUCGCCCCGUGCCGGAAACUACAGUCACGACGGAAGGUGACGAUUCAAGGAUCGCCUUUGCCGAAUCAGGGACCACUGCGCCCAAGGUUGAUCGGCCACACCCUUCGAGACAGUCGUCGUAUAACCGCGGGGGUUUCUCCAGCCGGCCGGUGCCAGAGACGAAGAUCACUGGAGGAGACGACGCGACGAGGACGAUAAAGUUUGCCGACGAGCCCAUAUAUCGGUCUGAAUCGGCGGCACGAAGGUCCGCUAGUCACUCUCGACAGGCAUCGCGGCAGCCGUCGCGACAGGGCUCAGUAAACAUCUCUCGACAGGGCUCUACUGUUGACAUGAUGGGCAGCGAGGGGGAUGUCAAUGUCAGCAUCCCCGAGCUGCUCGACUCAUACAGACAUGGCGGGAGUGACGGGGAGCAGCAGCAGCAUACACAGCCAGAGGGGGGGUCCACGUACUCGACGCAGAGCCUGGCGCUGUCGUUCAACGACCUCCCCAGACGGGCGCAGCACCUGAUACUCAACGAGCUGAUGCGGCAGAACUCGGGGGACGCUGCUGUCAUCAUGACGACGCUACCCGUACCCUCGGAGCAGACGAGCACGGACGAGGCGGAUACCAUGGGGUACCUGUCUGACGUGGAGGUGCUGUGUAACGAACUGCCACCUACCCUCAUGGUUCUGAGCAACAGCAUGACAGUUACGGUGAGCCUAUGA